AGUAAUGACCCGCGCUCCCACAAAGACACAAAACAAAUCUAUUCCUCCCAUCCUUCCGGUACCGGCCAAUUUUCCCCGGUGCCCGCGGUCCAGUUUUCCGUUAUUCCAUCGCUUUCAUUUUUCCCUCCCUUCUGUUUCCCGUGCAAACAAGAAACGCCGUCGCCGCCGCCACCACUCGCAUCUCGCGAGAAUGCAGAGAGCGCCACGACAUUCUUGAUACCUGCGCCGCUGCCCCCGCCGACCGACAUCUUUCCGGCUACCGCCGCCGCGAUUUCAAUUCAUCUUUUCCGCGCCGGCAAACGCGAAUUCAUACGUGAGUUUCUCUGUCACUUUAUUACGCUGGAAUUCCCUUUCUUCUUGCUUCAAUUUAUUUUUAUUUUUCUUUUUUCCGCCGUCCGAAUUAGGGAAGAGAAUUUAAUUUAGGAAGGUAGUUUUUUUUUCCCCCAGGUUCACGAAUUUUACUGGGCAUGCAAAUUUGCUUUCCGGUCUCCUUUUACAUUUAGAACUCCAUCCACCUUAUUGGAGCAUUUCUGGUGAAUGUAUUAUUGACAAUGGAAGGAGUAAGGAUGAUUUAGGUUCAAUUAUACGAUGACCUAAUGACGGAUUUAUUCAGUGAAACGAUUACUCUCUUCUGUGAUUGCAUCUUUUCCAACACAUGUUGCAAACAUUUGUUCGACGUAGAGAAUCGUGAGAACCUAAAUUUCGAUUUUAUCGAAGCUUAACGCCAAACAAAAUGUGAAUAUCAACAAUGUGGGUUAAUCUUGUUCAUCAGGAAGAGCAGAGGGGAGGGGGGAAGCAGCAGCAUUUGAGUAAUGUUAAAUACUGAUUUGCUGAGUUCAGAGAAAUGUAGGCCUAGCUGUGGGCUCAGGAUGGUGUAAUUCAGGGAAACAUAGGGCGAAGAACGUGUUUAGAAUUACUUCGUCAAUCAAGAGAUGUUUGUUUUUUGUGGUAGAAUUGGUAAAUUGUGAAUCUUCUGUGGCGAUUUGUUAUGCUGACUACUGCAUUUGCCAUAUAUGUAGAUAUAUUGCAGGGGAGACUGCUGCUGCCACAUUAAUUGUGUGUGUGGUUGGAAAAGCGUUAUAUUUUUUCUCACUAAUUCGGCUUCGAGAUUGGAAAUUCCGCCUAUAUAUAAGCUUUCGGAGCCUUCGAGGCAGCGAGCAGCUCCCCCCCGGCAAUCUAGUGAGGUCCAAGGGAAAAGCAAGCCCUAUUGUGAUCUUCGCAGAGAAUAGGUAUGUCUCCUUUUUCAAUUUUUUUUCCUGAUGAGAAGUUUGUAUGUAUCACGCGAAUUUCAUUUCGAAACAUCUUAUCUGGUUGCUGUUCUAUAUAGUCCUAUACAGAUCUUGUGUGAUGUUGUGUUUGGUUUUGGAAUUUCAUGUACAUUUGCACAUAGUUUGUAGUCAUCUGUGCUUCUGUUUUGUGCAAGAGAAUCCCUUUUCAUUUUCUUUCCUACAGAGAAGUUCGUAUGUAUUACGCGAUUUUUAUUACAAAAUCUAUAGAUCUGGUUAUUGUUCUAUGUAGUCCUACAUAGAUCUUGUGAAAUAGAUUGUUAUUGUUUGGAAUUUCGUGUACAUUCGCACGUAGUUUGUAAUCAUGCGUGCUCCUGUUUCGUGCAAGAGAAUUGGCGAUGGCAGAUCUAAGUACCUAGUUGACUUUGCAUCUCCUUCGAUCGAAUUCAUCCUGAAUGGAUCUUGUGAAAUAUUGUGUUUGGUUUUCGAAUUUCAUAUAUAUUUGCACAUAAUGCAUAAUGAUACGUGCUUCUGUAUUGUGCAAGAAUUGGAUAUGACAGAUCGAAGAACCUAGCUGCCUUUGUAUCUCCUGCGACCGAAUUUUAUAUAAUCCUGAAUCGAUCUUGUGAAAUAUUGUGUUUGUUUUUGGGAUUUCAUAUACAUUUGCAUUUUGCACAUAGUCAGUGAUGAUGCGUGCUUUUGUUUUGUGCAUGAGAAUUGGAUACGCCAGAUCCAAGGACCUAGCUGCCUUCUUAUCUCCUGACAUUGAAUUCUAAACCUCACCCUUUUAUGCCUGUCUUUGAGUGUUUCACCUUUUCCUCUCUAAUAUUUUACUGUAUAGGAAAAGAAUUUACUGGAGUACUUUCUGUAUAUUACUAUUCGGUAGUGAGGCCAACUAUGCUGAAGUCUCAUAUUUCUUCGGUUGAGAACUCCUGUUUGGGUAUUGAUGUCUCUUUGGACAAUUUUCCUGCGCUCUCUUGGAAGUUCAUUAAAUUCUUUUCCUAUCUUCUAACACAAGAAAGUAGAGAUUUGCACUAGACUUUCUUUAAGGCAUGUAACCUGAACAAGCUCUUACUCUCUGGUUUUUGCAUAACUUACUUGUAUAGUUUAAGGACUGUUUAUCAGUUAUUUCUUUAGUUCUAACGAUCCACUGGCUAGACAAAGGAAACUUUAUCUCCUAUUUUCAUCGGGAACUCAAAGAAUUCUUCUUGUGCAUGGUGAAUGAAGGAUUUUGGACAACAAACCAAAAUGAACAUUCAUAGAUGCAUUUCUGUUCUGUCAGAUAAGGUUUCCUUUUAGUCCGCAGUUUUGAAUUUUUUUUUUACCCCUUUAAGGAAUGGAUCAUUUGUUUCCUAGAUCAUAAUUUACAGGUCACUUGUUUGGGUAUACUUAGGGACAGAGAUUUGCAAUAGCAUGCAAUCCAGUGAAUUACAAUGGAAUACCAAAUACAUUCUACACAUGUUUUGAUCCAAGAGUUAUCAGAGUUUCUUCCAUAGUUUACUGUGCAAACACACAAAACCGAACUUUUCUUUGGUAAAUACACCUUGCAUGGUGGCGUGCGAUUGCAACAAAUAACAUUCAUUUACAAAUGCACAAAAGCAAACCAUGCCCUUAGGCAAGUAUGCUUUGUCCAUCUGUAAUUAGUUGCUAUUUCACCUUUUCAGCUGUUUUUUUUUUCUUUCUAUCUUUAGCCGUAGGUCAAGACUUUAAAGAGUUAUUCUGCCAUCUUUUUUUCUUGCAGUAGUGUUUCUCAAACUUCAAGAUGAACCCACAGAAUAAUCAAGGCUCUAGCUCUUCAGCACCAGUAGACGCACCUCUGAAGCGCAAGCGUGGUCGCCCACGCAAAGACGAGACCCUGCCCCAGGUAGAAUCCAUGUCUUCUCUGCUCGGAGGGUUCGACCAUACGAGAAGAAACAACCUGCCUUUCAGUCUGAGCAUCCCUAGUGGCAAUAGCGGGGUGGUGACUGAUCAGGCACAAGCUGGAAGCAACAUGAUCGGCCAACCAGUUUCCGGCGUAAUUGAUGGCAAAUUUGAUGUUGGGUAUCUUCUCAAAGUCAAGAUAGGUGACACUGACACUUACAUGAGAGGAGUUGCAUUUAUCCCAGAUCGAGUUGUUCCUGUCACCGCCUCUAAUGAUUUGGCCCCACAGGCGAGAAUGUACACAAGGACCGAGGUCCAAAUCCCGUCUCCGGCACCAGCAGCACCACUUCAGCCUAAGGUCCAGGGCUCUAUUCCAUCGUCGUCGGAGCGAAUUGUAAAGCAAUCUGCUCACCAACCCAACGCUGCUGCUGCUCAGCAAUUCGCUCCAGUUAUGCUACCUCUCACUGACAAAUUCCAAGCAGCAAGUGGUGUGGGACCUUCUGCAGUUGGGAAAAUGAUAUCACAGCAAGUCUCGGAUUCAGCAGCUGCUUCCAUUUCGAUACAGUCAGCAAGUGGCGCAGUUUCCAAACAGGAUGAGUUACUGCGAGAGUUUGAUGCAUCGACAAGAAAAGUUACUGAUGAAAAAGGACCAGGUGCCCCCCCUGCAGCAGUUACCACCUUGGGUGUUUUGCCAGCCAACAGAACUGUCAGUCUCGAUCUUCAAAUCCAGCACCAAUCCGAUGGGCUUAAAGCUAGUCAAUCAGCACCAGCCUUGGCCACAGAUGAAGGGAAAAUCACAAGCCUGGAGCACAUCCAGCCUCCUCCUGCGAUCAGCAUACCGGGAAGUGGAAUCUUCUCUUCUCAAUCCAUGAGCAUGUGCUUAGGCAGCCCAACUUUCCCAGGGAAAGCUGCACCACCAGAGUUACCUUCUGCUGCCCCAAAGGUUACUACCACCGACACUCCAUCCCUCCACCCAAAUGGUGGUGCUGGUGGCCUUGUGGGCAACGUUGCUCCAAUCCCCGAACCAGAUGCUAUGCCCAAGCCUGAUUCAGAGGGAUCUUCUGCUGCUCUUCAGAAAAUACUGGAAUCCCAGUUCGGCUGUUCAUCUGUUGCUCCGAUGGAGCUGUUCGAGAAAGAGAGUGCUGCUGCUGCCACAACUGAACCGAAGCUUGGACACAAUAGUAACGUUCUGCCUGGAGUAAGUGAGCCUCAGCUCUGCAAUGCUACCCCUAGUGCAAGUGUGGACUGCAAUAAUAUCAAAGAGUCUUGAGGGGAUAAAGCGUCAUGGAACGAUUUUAUGGUGCUUAGGAUAAGAGGAACUAUGAAUAAGUAAAGCUCAAUGCUUUCAUACAUGCUGUAGUUUAGGCUUACCAUUAGAUAUCUGAAAAAACCACAGCUUAGUUUUUCUUUUAUUUUUUUUGUUUAAUGAAACCGCAGCUUAGUUUUUGUGUCAAUGGUCAGAUGUUGGUUGCCUUCUCUAACCAAGAUUUUUGUGUUUCAUGCCUGAAAGUUCUUACAUUUCCCAUCCUCAUGUGGGUUUCCCAGUCUAAAUGUUCAAUUUAUUCGCUUUGCCUAUUUCCAUGGGGAGCAAGCAUUUAUGCACGGAAUGGGUUACUUUCAUUCUCUCAAAUUGGUGGGCAAGGUGCGUAUGUGCCUCAAUGUCCAUGCUCACCAUAUAUAAGGAUAAAUCAAGUCAAACAACUAAUGAUUGAAAUAUGUUCAAGCUCUCGAAAUCGUACCGAAAAUUGUGCAAUUGAAUAAUGUUUCAAAAUAACAUCUACAUUAUGCAAGAAGAAUGGAUAACAAGAUUGAGGUAGAUCAUAUAUAGUCUUCCUGAAAGCCAAAAGCAGUAAAGCACAGGUCGCAGGCGAAACAUUAACUAACAUAAUAGGACACGAACGAUUAUUCGUCGACUAGAACACAAACCCAAAUCAAGAAUAAUCUGGCAUAAUAUGAAGAUCUCUGCAUCAACCGAACAAACCAAGAUAGAGACUACCGUCUCAUUUCUCAAUUGAACGAACCAAUAUUAUACCUCCAUACGCAUGGAAAAGAUAGAAAUAAUAGAAAACACGCUGAUGUGUAGGAUCACGCGUAAUUGAGUGCUAGUUUCAUAUAGAUAUCAGCAAAUACGUCUUAUCACGAAAUCCCCUGAAAUCUGGUUCACUCACAAAGAGCUGCUGGUAGGGCACAUAGAGACUCUGCCCCCGAGUCGGAUUAGGUUUGUGCACCCUUUCACUACAUAACAAGUUGCAAAAAUGGCGAAAACCCUUUUUCAGGUCCUAUGAUUAUACCCCACUUGCUGCUGCUGGGGUGGCUGCUGUUGGUAAUUGGCAUAAGCCGGGUAUCCUCCAUAGUACAUGUUUGGGUCCUGGGGUGGCGGAGGUUGUGCGUAACCAUAGUUCUCGUAACCUUGCGCAUAGCCGUAAUAUCCACCAGCUUGGUCAGCAGCAGCACCACCAUUCCACUGAUUGCUGGCCUCAGACUGCAGUAGGAAAAAAUGGACCAAGGACAUUAGUUUAUGCGUGUAACAAAUCAAAACCAGAAGACUGGGGGCUGGAGGAAGAGCAUUGGUUUCACUUCCCAGAAAAAAAUAUGUGAAGCUGAUGAAACCAAGAUUUCAGUUCAGAUUUUGGUGAUAAGAAAAUUCAACCAUACUUUGUUACAUAAUGCUCAGGUAGUUGUGGAAGUAAAAGAUGAGAAAAUGAUAUGGCAUAAAGUUCAACAUCAACAAAUGACACACAUGGCCUUCAGGAUUCAACAUAUUUUGGUCAUCUCAUGUCUGGUUUGAUUUCCGGUUAACUGAAAUAAAAUAAAAAAAUCCAAAUUGAAACCAAUACCAACUCCGUAUUGCUUAACCAAAACUAUAUAAUUUAGUUCUAUGGUUUGACCAAGAACCAUUCCCCCAACCUAAGAAAAAUGAUAACAUGUU